AUGCACUGUGGGUGCUGGGCGGAGGGUGUCCCCGCCGUGGCCUCGAGCAGCUCCUGGAUCUCAGGCGUGGCCUUCCCGGACUGGGCCUACAAGGCAGAGUCGUCCCCGGGCUCCCGGCAGAUCCAGCUGUGGCACUUCAUCCUGGAGCUGCUGCAGAAGGAAGAGUUCCGCCAUGUCAUCGCCUGGCAGCAGGGAGAGUACGGGGAGUUCGUCAUCAAGGACCCAGACGAGGUGGCGCGCCUCUGGGGCCGCAGGAAGUGCAAACCACAGAUGAAUUAUGACAAGCUGAGCCGGGCCCUCAGAUACUACUACAACAAGCGAAUCCUGCACAAGACCAAAGGCAAAAGGUUCACGUACAAGUUCAACUUCAGCAAGCUCAUUGUGGUCAACUACCCGCUGUGGGAGGUGCGGGCACCCCCUGUGCCCCCCCUGCUCCUGGCAGCUCCGGCCCUGUUCCGGCCAGCCCUGGUCCCCGUGGGCACGCAGAGUGAGCUCCUGCACAGCAUGCUGCUCGCCCAGCUCUCGGCGCCGCGCACCUCCCAAGAUCCACCGGGGGCCUCUGGGGAACGGAAGGCGGGCAGCGGCGGUGUCCACCGAUUUGGCGCUGCCCCAGGACCCUGCCGGCUCGGCCCCUGCUGCCAUUUGGAGCACCACCAGAAUGAGUCGCCCAACUUUGCCACUCUCACGCCUCCCCUCCCGCCCCCCCUUCCCUCUCACUGGACCUGCCUCCCUCGGCCUUUUCUGCCCCCUGUCCCCCCGGACCAGCAGCCGCCGGGAGUCUCCAAGCUGGACCCCAUGCUCCCUGAGCCCAGGUGUGCCCCAGGAGCCUGGCACUUCCAGGGGCUCCCCCUGAGGGUCGGGCUGGGGCCGGGGGCUGGGGAGAGGAUCCAGCCCUCAUCCCUCAGGCCCGAGGGGCUGCAGGUCAAGCCUGACCCCAUGGUGGGGGCAAAGGGGCACUUGGAGCCCCGAGCCAGCAUCUCUGCAGCCCACAGGUCCUCGAGGAGAGAGGAGAGCCCCGGGGCCCCCAGUCUGGAGAGCUUGAAAGCAGCAUGGCCCCUGGACCCUCCCUAG